GCGGCUAAGUCAUCGUUGAGUUUUGCUAGAAUAUCAUGUGAUCGUAUUGAUGAUACCGAUGCGGCCAUGGCUCGUUCGAGAGCAUCUUCAUCGGAACCGUUUUCUUGUGGAGUUCCUUCGAUGCUCAUAAUCUUCUCGAUGUCCUCUCUACUCAAAAUACUCAAAGGAUGUGAAUCCGUUUCAUGUUUCGAUCUGCAAAGUGGAAAAGAAUCAAUGAACGUAAGAAACUAUAGAACCCUUUACCCACUACCUACGUCGACUUCCUCCUAUCAAAAGGCAUCCUCUUCAUUCUGA